AUGAGUGUCCAAACAAUGAUGUGGGUACCUCGAAGAGUGGUUCGAGGUAGCAUUCCUUUUUUCACAUGUUCAAAACUUGGCUUGGGCUUCUCGAGAAGAUCUUUUCAUGGAAGUUCACUAACUCGUUCUACAUACGAGGAAGAAAAAGCUUUAGUGGAUGAAAUUAAACAAAAACUUACGCCAGAUGAUAUUGAACGAUGUAAUAAAUUGCGUAAUAUAGGUAUAUCUGCUCAUAUCGACUCCGGAAAAACCACUUUUACUGAACGUGUUUUGUACUAUACAAAAAGGAUCAAAGCUAUUCAUGAGGUUCGUGGUAGAGAUAAUGUUGGAGCCAAGAUGGAUUCCAUGGACCUUGAAAGGGAAAAGGGUAUUACUAUUCAGUCUGCCGCCACUUACUGCUCUUGGGAUAAACAGGGUAAAAACUAUCAUUUCAACUUGAUCGAUACUCCAGGUCAUAUUGAUUUCACUAUCGAAGUGGAGCGUGCCCUUAGAGUACUAGACGGUGCUGUUCUUGUUGUUUGUGCUGUUUCAGGUGUUCAAUCCCAAACAGUGACCGUGGAUCGUCAAAUGCGUAGAUACAAUGUUCCGAGAGUAACUUUCAUCAAUAAAAUGGAUCGUAUGGGUUCAGAUCCCUUCCGUGCCAUCGAACAACUUAAUUCGAAACUGAAAAUUCCCGCUGCUGCUGUACAAAUUCCUAUCGGAUCGGAAUCGAGCUUGUCUGGUGUAGUUGAUUUAAUCAAUAGAGUUGCUCUUUACAACAAGGGUGGUAAUGGUGAGAUCAUAGAAAAAGGACCAGUACCUGAAGGUUUGAAGCCAUUGAUGGAGGAAAAAAGACAACUCCUGGUUGAGACACUUGCUGAUGUGGAUGACGAAAUGGCAGAAAUGUUUUUAGAAGAGAAGGAGCCUACUACGCAACAAAUUAAAGAUGCUAUUCGCAGAGCCACAAUUGCUAGGUCUUUUACCCCAGUUUUAAUGGGAUCUGCGCUGGCAAAUACUGGUAUUCAACCUGUUUUGGAUGCUAUUGUAGACUACUUACCCAAUCCCUCCGAAGUAUUAAAUACAGCUCUAGAUAUAAGCAACAAUGAAGCCAAGGUCAACUUAGUUCCUGCGGUGCAACAACCAUUUGUUGGAUUGGCAUUCAAAUUGGAAGAAGGCAAGUAUGGUCAACUGACUUAUGUUCGCGUCUAUCAGGGGCGUUUAAGAAAGGGUAAUUAUAUCACAAAUGUAAAGACUGGUAAAAAGGUGAAGGUGGCAAGAUUAGUCAGAAUGCAUUCCAGCGAGAUGGAAGAUGUCGAUGAAGUUGGCUCAGGUGAAAUUUGCGCUACUUUUGGUAUUGACUGUGCCUCUGGCGACACAUUCACUGAUGGUAGUGUUCAAUACUCUAUGUCAUCCAUGUAUGUUCCAGAUGCUGUUGUCUCCUUAUCCAUUACACCAAAUUCAAAGGACGCAUCAAAUUUUUCAAAGGCUUUAAACAGAUUUCAAAAGGAAGACCCUACAUUCAGAGUGAAGUUCGAUCCUGAAUCUAAAGAAACGAUUAUUUCUGGGAUGGGUGAAUUGCAUCUGGAAAUUUACGUCGAGAGAAUGAGACGUGAAUAUAAUGUGGACUGCGUCACAGGUAAACCACAAGUUUCUUAUAGAGAGUCCAUCACCAUACCGGCAGAUUUUGAUUAUACACACAAGAAACAAUCCGGUGGUGCUGGUCAAUAUGGUAGAGUUAUCGGUACCUUAUCACCUGUAGAUGACAUUACUAAGGGCAACAUAUUUGAGACUGCCAUUGUUGGUGGACGUAUACCGGACAAGUAUUUAGCUGCAUGUGGUAAGGGUUUUGAAGAAGUAUGUGAAAAAGGACCAUUGAUCGGACAUCGUGUUUUGGACGUUAAAAUGUUAAUUAACGAUGGUGCUAUUCACGCGGUGGAUUCUAAUGAAUUAUCGUUCAAAACAGCUACCAUGUCUGCGUUCCGUGACGCCUUCCUGAGGGCACAGCCGGUGAUCAUGGAACCUAUCAUGAAUGUUUCGGUAACAUCACCAAAUGAAUUCCAAGGUAACGUCAUCGGUUUAUUGAAUAAAUUACAAGCAGUGAUACAGGAUACCGAGAACGGUCAUGACGAAUUUACAUUAAAAGCAGAAUGUGCCUUGAGCACAAUGUUUGGUUUCGCUACCUCAUUAAGAGCCUCGACCCAAGGUAAAGGUGAAUUCUCGUUAGAGUUUAGUCAUUACGCUCCGACAUCGCCCCAUGUUCAAAAGGAAUUGAUCUCUGAGUUUCAAAAGAAACAAGCUAAAAAAUAG